AUGACAAUCGCGUCCGCGCCCUUCGAUGUUGUCGAAGACGCCGGCGAGGCUCCGUCACUCGAAAAUAUUGACGAGGUCAUAGAACUCUACGAUGCUGCUUCCAAGUACUGCAUGAACAGUGUUGGGAAACGCAUGCAGACCUCCCUCCUGAAAUCACCGCUCAUUCGUCAGGAGCCUGUGCGUCUCUUCGCCAUCGCUGUUCAUUAUGAUUGGCGAGAAGUAUGUGAAGCAGCCGCUAAGAACACCCUUUUCCAUCCCGCCAACGACCAUCCAGCCAUCGACGAGCUCAGGCUGAUAAGAGGUCUUGAUUAUCAGCGCUUCCUGGAUUACCAUAAAAAUGUGACGCUGUUGCUGAAGCCGUGGUGUAGAGCGCGUCUUCCUCGAGGCGCAACAUGUGUUGGAAAGGAAUACCUGAGCCCUCGUCUUCCUGGUGGUGCGCCAGCGGGCUGUGCUGCUCAGAUGCGCGCUCCAGCGUCACGUGCAUCUGUGGUUGAUGCGGUACUUUGA